AUGAAUAAAAGCAUCGGAAGUCGCCAAGCACACCAGGAACAUGUCCUGGCAGUGUCCAGGGAUUUUAUUUCCCAACCCAGGCUCAACGAGGUAAAGUUCCCGAAGUUCGCUGAAAUUAUUCAGCUGAGACUUGCUGAUGGCUCAAUCCGUUCGGGAAAAGUCCUUGAGGUGUCUGGCUCCAAAGCUGUGGUCCAGGUAUUUGAAGGAACAUCUGGAAUUGACGCUAAGAACACCGUCUGCGAGUUCACUGGUGACAUUCUCAGGACUCCAGUAUCAGAGGACAUGCUCGGGCGUGUCUUCAACGGAUCUGGAAAGCCGAUUGACAAGGGACCUCCAAUUCUCGCGGAAGACUUUUUGGAUAUUGAGGGACAGCCGAUUAAUCCCUGGAGUCGUAUUUAUCCUGAGGAAAUGAUACAGACUGGUAUUUCUGCUAUUGAUGUCAUGAAUUCAAUCGCCAGAGGACAAAAGAUUCCCAUUUUCUCAGCUGCUGGUCUUCCUCACAAUGAAUCAGUAUUAGAUUCUCACGAAGAUAACUUCGCCAUUGUCUUCGCAGCUAUGGGAGUAAACAUGGAAACAGCUCGUUUCUUCAAGCAGGACUUCGAGGAGAACGGUUCUAUGGAGAACGUGUGUCUGUUCUUGAAUUUGGCCAACGAUCCGACCAUUGAACGUAUUAUUACACCACGUCUUGCCCUGACGGCUGCAGAAUUCCUUGCCUACCAAUGUGAGAAACACGUACUGGUCAUCUUGACCGAUAUGUCAUCUUACGCCGAAGCUUUGCGUGAAGUAUCAGCUGCUCGUGAAGAAGUACCCGGACGUCGUGGUUUCCCCGGUUACAUGUACACCGAUUUGGCCACCAUUUACGAGCGAGCUGGUCGUGUUGAGGGUCGUAAUGGAUCUAUUACUCAGAUUCCAAUUCUUACUAUGCCUAACGAUGAUAUUACUCACCCGAUUCCCGAUCUUACUGGGUAUAUUACCGAAGGACAAAUUUAUGUAGAUCGUCAAUUACAUAACAGGCAAAUUUAUCCACCUGUAAACGUAUUGCCUUCACUUUCUCGUCUUAUGAAGUCGGCUAUUGGCGAGGGAAUGACUCGUAAAGAUCACUCUGAUGUUUCUAACCAAUUGUAUGCUUGUUAUGCUAUUGGUAAAGAUGUCCAAGCUAUGAAAGCCGUCGUAGGAGAGGAAGCUCUUACACCCGACGAUCUUCUUUACCUUGAAUUCCUCUCGAAGUUUGAAAAGAAUUUCAUUUCCCAAGGAAACUACGAAAACCGAACAGUCUUCGAGUCACUCGAUAUCGGCUGGCAGCUAUUGCGUAUCUUCCCGAAAGAAAUGCUUAAACGUAUUCCAGCCAGUACCCUUGCUGAGUUCUACCCUCGAGACUCACGUCAUUAA